AGCUUACGGCCGACAAACCACUCUUCUCUAUCAGUAUGCCCUUGAAUAGAUGAGGCUGUGCAAAGUCCUUUGCUCUUAAAUGUAUUGCUGUCAUUGAGAAUAUUUGGAGGUUUUCUCUUGGGUUUGUUUGGAUUUUGUUUCUUCAGCUUUUGUCUAAUUUUGGUUUUAUUUUUCUGGAGCAGAGAAAAUGGCUUUCCUUAUGAAAAGUAUGAUAAGUAACCAGGUAAAGAAUUUAGGAUUUGGUGGUGGGUCUGAAGAAAAUAAAGAAGAAGGAGGUGCAUCUGAUCCUGCAGCAGCUCAAGGGAUGACUAGAGAGGAGUAUGAGGAGUAUCAAAAGCAAAUGAUUGAGGAGAAGAUGGAAAGAGAUGCUGCAUUUACACAGAAAAAGGCUGAGAGGGCAUGCCUCAGAGUUCAUCUCAGAGAAAAAUACAGGCUCCCAAAGAGUGAAAUGGAUGAGAAUCAAAUCCAGAUGGCUGGAGAUGAUGUGGAUUUACCCGAAGAUCUCCGGAAAAUGGUAAAUGAAGAUCAAGAAGAGGAAGAAGAUAAAGAUUCUAUUCUUGGGCAGAUACAGAAUCUCCAGAACAUGGACUUGGAUACCAUAAAAGAAAAAGCCCAGGCCACCUUCACUGAAAUCAAGCAGACAGCGGAGCAGAAGUGUUCCAUGAUGUGAGGGGUGGGAGGGGUGGAGGGAGGGAACCAGUCAUCCUUGGAAAAGACCAGUCUCCUGUGGGACGUUUCGAGCAGUACAUGUUUUAAUGUAGUGAACACAUUAAGGAAAACCACGAUGAUCCAUUGAUAGACAAUCAUUUGGUUGUUCUAAAUAUUCCUGGCAGAGCAUUUAGCUAGCACCUUGCAGCAGGAACCAUAUUUUCCUUUUAGUUAUAAAUGAGACGAACUGGAAAUAUUCAGGUGUAAAUGAUGAUGCAGAACACGUAUCUGCUUAAAGACCUUGAGAUGAGCCAAGAAGAAACAAAAGCAAGUGGCAUUUCCUCUCCAACUUUCUUCCUUGGAGGCCAAGUUCUCACCCUGUCCAACUAUUCACAGGACACCAGGUCCCUUCAGAGAAAGAUGUGGAGAGUCAAGGUGUCCACUGGAAGCCAGGUUGCCCACAGGGAGCUGAGGCUACAGACUCCAGGGCAAUCAAAGGUCACCACCCCCACCCCUCACCUCCAGGCUCCUUGAAUUUGUCAGUGAUACUCAUCAAGUUUGGUCCUUGGAUGCUUCUCAGCCAAGUGGCGGUAGCAGGGAUGUGGUGAACAAUGAGAAAUUGAGGCAGGGAAUAGACCUCGCCAGCCCUUUGCAUUGGAGAUCAUCACUCUAGUGGCCAUGGGAAGAAUGGAACCGAGGGAGGCACAAUUAUAGGCAGAGGGAAACCAGGGAGACGGCUGCUCUUUUUGAGUUGAGCUUAACUCUCCUUGUCUGAACUUGGUGAUAGCAAUGGAAACAAAGUGGGUAGACUAACAGAGAGCGUUAAGAAGUUAAAUCAGUCUCUCUCUGUCUCUCUCUGUCUCCUCCCAACCUAUUUCUCUCUCAUCCCCUUCCCUCCUUCUUGUCCAAUCACCCUGUCUCUUUUUUUUUUUUCCUUCUCCUGUCCCUUCCUAUCCCACCCCUUCAGACUACCUUCCAGUAAAUCACACUGUCAUUUGGUGCCACAGGCUUUCAGGGUAGGCACUGAUUUUUUUUCCCUAAUAUCUGCUCUCUUUCAAAAGGAGCAAUUCGAAAGACUUAGGACAGUUACCACUGAAACACUUCAAGCUAUUUAGCUAAAGCCUACCAAACCAAAACAAAAUACUGAUUUUUUUUGGUGAAUCUGUUCAUAUGGUGAAUAAAGAUCUAUCAAAGGAAAAGGAAACUGAGACCAAAAACUUAGGGUCUAACUUGUUCUAAACCCACAGUUCCCAAAUGUGUUGUGCAAGAAGUUUUAUGUAAUAAAAAUAUGCAAAUAAAACAAAUGAAUAAAGGUC